AAUGACAAUUGACAUAUCUAGCUCCGUGUUCCGGUUCUUGUUUCCUGUUCAGUGUCAGUUGUCACUUAUUUGUCAAAAAAAGUGAGUUGUGUUUACGUAUGCCUGUGUGCUUUUAAUUUCAAUUAAAAUUUCAAAAUGAGUAGCAUAAAAUUCACGGAAAUAGCAUAUUGUAAAAUGAUUUUACAUGCUAUUAAAUAUCCCCAUUGUACAGUGAAUGGUGUGCUGUUAGCCAAACCAUCUAACAGUAAUAACGAGGUAGAAUUUGUUGACUGUAUUCCCCUUUUUCAUGUUUGUGUUAAUUUAACACCCAUGGCUGAGAUUGCUUUGAUGCAGAUAGAUGAAUAUGCUUCUAAAAAGAAUUUAGUUAUUGGUGGAUAUUACGUAGCUCCUGAGAACCCAAAAGACCAAAGUUUCGAUAAGGUUUACAAUCGAAUAUUUGAUAAAAUUGCAGCUAAUAAUACUAAUCCUUCAUAUGUUGUAAUUGUUAAUAGUACUAAUAGCACGAUUCAAAGGGGGAGAAUCGCUUUAAAAGUAGGACAAUACAGCGACGGGAAUUAUAAAUUAUGCGAAGAUAUUAGUGUUUCUGAUGACUCGAUGAAUGUAUGUAUAUCAGGCAUUAACACAACUAUGUAUAACAAAAUUGUAGAUUUCGAUAAUCACCUCGAUGACAUUCAACUCGAUUGGACAAACACGGAUUUGAACAAAGAAAUUCGUUCAUUUUUAUGAGGUUUAUAAGUGCAAUAUUUUAUCAAAUUUAUUGAUGUAAUCGUAGGUUUACAGGUAUACCCGAGUACAAUUAGGUUAUGUAAAAAACAGUUACUUACCUGUUUUCACACACUAUAACAAAACGUAUUCAGUCAGUGUAUUAUAAUAUAAAAUUCUUAAAUAAAUAUUCGUUUAAG